CGGUCGAUAAAACACGCUCGACACUCAUCGAAAGCGCACUUAGUUUUAGCACCGACGGCAUUAGCUUGCAGUAUCGCGAUGGGUGUGCGUCAUCUGGAUACGUUAAUUCGCAAAAAGGUCGAAAACGGGUGCUUCAAAGUGAACAUUGAACAUGAAAUUCGGGAAUACUACCGUAAAGCUUCGACGACAGUUGGGAAGGCUUCUCCACCACCACCGCCCGUGUUAGUCAUCGAUGUGUUUGCUUUGAGUGGUGAGCUAGACUCGAUAGAUUUCAAUUCGCUUAUCUACGGUGCGCGCUUCAAUGUUGGAUUCUGGAUUAUUGAUCGAUUCUUGCGGAAAUUGAAAUCGCUUGGAGUCUCGUUGGAGUUUUUCAUGGAUGGUAGUGUGCAAGACUUCAAGGUACGAACUUGGUGCGAGCGUAGAGACAGGGAUUACCAAGACGCAAUCGCAAUAAUAAAUGCCGUUGAUGAAGGUGUAGAUAUUGAGACAAUACUUACGACCGUGGGAGCGCCAGGAUGUGGCUACGCUCUGGAAUAUCUCGCCGAAAUGCAUGGUAGAUUGACGGUGUCCUUGGAAAGGGAAUGCGACCAAGAAUUGGCUGCAUUCGCAAGCAAAGUCAACGCUUUGGCGAUCAUCUCCAAUGACUCGGAUUUCCUCAUCUACGAAGGAAACUGGAGGUAUUGGUCGUCGAGAGAUCUCGAUAUCGACACCUUGGAAACGCUAGAAUACAAUCGCCAUGCUUUGUUACAGUAUUUGGGAUUGACCUUCGCCCAAAUGCCCUUGUUUGCCACUCUCUGUGGAAACGACAUUGUGAAGCUUGAAGAACUAAAACGCUUUCAUUUCAGUCUAGGUCAAUACUGUCACAAAAUGACCAAUGUCGCUAAAUUUGUCCAACCACAAGACCCGAAUAAUUUACAGAAUAUUCUAGAAAAAGUUUUUGGACCUCACAACCGUUCCGGGAAGGAUCGCUUCUGGAUGAGUUUGCAAUUUUACAAAACGGACUUUGUAACCAGUUCCAAUGACGACCCAGUAGAAGAAAUUCUCCUGAAGCAUCCGAACCCAUUCGUGUACCAACUUUGGCACAAACAGCCGCACGUCGUUUCGUUAGGACUAGUUGACAUGCGCAGUACCGAAUUGGGAAAACAAGUACCCUCACUAGUCCUUCGCAUACUGCUGCGCACCGCUGGGAUCAUCGUGUUGAGCCGUCAGAAGGGACGGAAGAUCUACAUCCAGGCAUUCGUCAUCAAAUUAACCCACGAAUCCAACCACCGGAUACAACGUUUCCCGGUGCAGUUCCCAAGUUUCACUGAUCCUCCAACUCUCAUGGAACUCUUCUCUACGGAUCCAUUCGUCAUGGCGAACCUCGAGAAUACGAAGCUACUCCUACUCAGCUGGAUCGUGUCAGAUCGGUUGGACUAUCGACGACUCAGACCGAUAUUGAGACCCCUGCUGCCCACCGUUGUCACCCUGUACCACUUGGUGGAAAAUCGGAUCCUGCAGUUGUUCGAAGCCGAUCUGUUGCUUCAGGUGGCAUACGAUGUGGUCACGGAGACGUAUGAUCCCAAAUCAUUGGAGUUCCCAACCACGGUAGAAAGCCGCCCGUUUAGGUUGGCGUUCAUCUUUAGAAUCAUGUACCGUUUCGUUGCCAUUGCAAUGAAUUCCAUUGGUUUGAACUUACGGGGCUUUCGGGAGGACCCUCCAUUCGACGGAGUACUUUUUCAUACGAAAUACCGGACGUGGGACAAGUCGGAAGCAGAUUUGGGGAAAAUCGCGCAAUGGCGGAUUUAUACAACAAUUUCUCAAUGAAAAAAGUAAUGCUUUUGAUUUCAACACCGAUGUUUCUUACAUUUUUAUCGAUUUAAUAAAAUUGACGCUUGUUUUCUCAAG